GCGGGCAGGUCAGCGUCCGCGCGAUGCCAUGUCAGCGCUUACGGGACAGCGCUCGCGUGAGAUUAGAUCCGGCACAUCGGCUCACUCAGCCGGACGUUUCUCGCACAUGCUUUAAUCACUGCGAUCUGCAGCUUGUAUUCCCCCACAUCUCUUGUCGAAUCCAGUACCUCACUAGAGCCCUCUAACUUAUACUCAUCAUGCACGACCACCCUGAGCUCGCCGCCGACGCCGCCCUGCUUGACUUUCUUACUGGGCCUGCGAAUCCCGCCGACAUCCGCCGCCGACGCUCUCUUCCGCGGCGCGACGCCGAGCUCGACCCCCUUCUGCUGGCCGCUGCCGCCUCAGUAGGCCCGCACGUCACGCGAAACCACUAUGCGCACGACUUCUUUCCAGGAGUUUCCCUUCCGCAAGCCGAAGGGGCUUGGGACUGGAGCAAGUGGAAGGGCGCGGAGAAAACGGAGGAGGACGAGGAGAAGCCACGUCUGCGGUAUGUGAGCCGGCAAGCCCCCCGAAGUCAACGCCUUGGGCUUGAGCAGGCGGAGCCACUACCUGACAACGCCGUGGCGACAGAGCAGACACCCACCGAUGCGGAGGAGCUAAAAGCGGAGCUCAAGGCCGCAGGAGUCACCACCCCACCUGCUACUGAAGACUUGCCUCCCGUUGAAGUCAAAUGCAUGGCGCGCGCCCGCAUCCCCACACCACACGGCCCCGCCUUCCUCCACCUCUACCACAACAACCGCGACAACAAGGAGCACCUCGCCCUCGUCGUCGACCCCGCCCAGCUCUCCGACGACCCACCCUCCGUGCCACCCAUCCGCUCUCGCUCUCUCGAUGCCGUCUGGUCCCCCAAUGAGACACCAAUGGACCGCAUCACCCGCGGCGCAUACGUCGGCCGCCUAUCCCCCUCCACUCAGACCCCGUCCACCCCGGACUCGCAUAAAGCCGGGAACCCCUCCGCCGCCCCCGCCUCCGCCCCCCUCAUCCGCAUCCACUCCGAGUGCUUCACCGGCGAGACCGUCGGCAGCCAGCGCUGCGACUGCGGCGAGCAGCUCGACGAGGCCAUCCGCCGCAUCGCGCGCGCCGGCCGCGGCGCCGUCGUCUACCUCCGCCAGGAGGGCCGCGGCAUCGGGCUGCUCAGCAAGCUGCGCGCGUACAACCUGCAGGACAUCGGCCACGACACGGUUGCGGCGAACCUCCUGCUCGGCCACGGUGCGGACGAGCGCGCGUACGACAUCGCUGGCGCCAUCCUGCGCGAUCUCGGGCUCGCCGACGGCGUCCGCGUGCUCACGAACAACCCGGACAAGGUCGCUGCGCUGGAGUCGGAGGGCAUGCGCGUCGUCGAGCGCGUCCCCAUGGUCCCGCGCAGCUGGCAGGCGCGCUCAGCGGCCAUUGCCGGUGCUGAGGACGGAUUGCCAGCCACACCAGGGGAAGAGGAGUAUGCCCCUGCUGGCGCGACAUUGAUCGGUGGCGGUGCUGUUCAUGGUGAGGACUUGGACAAGUAUUUGCGGACGAAGGUGUUGAAGAUGGGACACAUGCUACCUUUGUGGAUGGACGGUGCGCUGGUGCAAUAGUCGGAGAUGCGCUGUGAAGAGUAGGGGAGAUGCAGCAGCGGGCAGUGGGUGCUGGAGCUCAGACUAUCAUUGCAUCGCUAUCACUCAUAUAUAUCAUUCACAUAGAAGCAAAAGUACGUUCAGUACUCAUACCAAAUGUAAUCAGCGGUCUUGUAUUCAUACCGAAGUUGUAAGCACUUUGGCGUGAGCG